ACCAGCAAACUGCCCUUAAAGGAUUCUUUCACUUACGACGACUACAGAUGGGCAGUUUCCUCCGUUAUGACACGGCAGAACCAGAUUCCAACAGAAGAUGGUUCCAGAGUUACAUUGGCUCUAAUACCUUUAUGGGACAUGUGUAAUCAUACUAAUGGACUGAUCACUACAGGCUACAAUUUAGAAGAUGACCGUUGUGAAUGUGUAGCGCUUCAAGAUUUCAAAGCCGGAGAACAGAUUUACAUUUUUUAUGGCACUCGGUCAAACGCUGAAUUUGUGAUCCACAGUGGGUUUUUUUUUGAUAAUAAUUCACAUGACAGAGUGAAAAUAAAGCUUGGCGUGAGUAAAAGUGACAGGCUGUAUGCUAUGAAGGCAGAGGUCUUAGCUCGUGCUGGUAUCCCCACUUCUAGUGUUUUUGCCUUGCACUCCACUGAGCCUCCAAUCUCUGCCCAGCUUUUGGCUUUCCUUCGAGUGUUUUGUAUGAGCGAAGAAGAGCUGAAGGAACACUUGAUAGGCGAGCAUGCCAUUGACAAAAUCUUUACUCUGGGGAACUCUGAGUUUCCCAUUAGCUGGGACAAUGAAGUUAAACUUUGGACAUUCCUAGAAGCCAGAGCAUCCCUUCUCUUGAAAACCUAUAAAACAACUGUGGAGGAUGAUAGGUCCUUCUUGGAGACCCAUGACCUUACUUCACAUGCGAUAAUGGCCAUCAAGUUGCGCUUAGGUGAAAAAGAGAUCUUGGAGAAAGCAGUGAAGAGUGCAGCUGCUAGCCGAGAGUAUUAUACCAAACAAAUGGCAGAAGGAGCUCUGCUUCCCAAAUAUGAAGAGAGCAAUAUUGCCUUGUUGGAGAACACUGUGGCAGACUCUAGACUCCCUAUUGUCUUGAGAAACCUAGAAGAUGUGGAAGAGCAAGAGGACUUAAAGAUUGAUGAAGCUAUUAAUGCUGAAGUCACAGAGAAUGGGUUUGUAAAUGGUGAAAACUCUCUAUUUAAUGGGACCAAAUCAGAAAGCGAAAAUCUAAAUAAAGAGAAAAGCAACAGAGAGACUGAAGAUGCCAAAGAAUCUUCUUCAGAAAGUACUGAUGAGGUUAAAGAAUAGUCCUAAUAUUUUACUUUCGUGUGAAAUUAAAUUAGCUGAAGUUUA